CUUAAAAUGAAUAUUUUAUGUGUAUAGAUGUUGAUAGCGUUUUUUUUUGCUUUUUGGUCUAUUAUAACAACUAAAGUGACAAAACUAUUAUGUCAACAAACUAAUUUCAAUUGAUUCAUUCUGUUUUUAUCAAUGAACACUCAUCAUCAUACGAAUUUUAUUGCGAUUGAUCAAAAUGAAGUUCUUUGGAAAAAGCUCACAACACACGACCGCAUUAGAUAGAGUAAAGUUGUAUAAAGAUUUCUACGAAUUUCGAAAGACUGUUUUGCAUGGAUUUCCGGCCAAUCCUACAUGUAUAGCUUUUGAUAAACAUCAUCGACUGCUUGCAAUAGGAACAAAAAAUGGAUCUUUACAAAUUUAUGGUAAAUUAGGUGUCGAAUUUCACUAUCAAUUCGAAGAUGAGCUGGAAAUUGUCCAGAUUUUUUUCAUCUCUAGAUUGGGUGCAGUUCUAUGUUUGUGUGAUGAUUUUUCCAUACAUUUGUUAAAAAUUCCGUCAAAAUCUUCACAUAAUGACAUCUCUAAAUUAUAUACGAAUGAUUUUUUUGUUCGUGAAGACGAUAAUGAUCAUGCGACAAUUAUCACGUCAUUAGCAUUGAAUGGAAAGGAAAACUUGUUGUUCAUUGGUCUUAAAAAUGGUGAUAUACGAUUGUUGGACAUCGAUGAUUCACUCAAAUUGAAAGAUGAUAUAAUUAGACUAGAUGAAAUCUUGAAAUCAAUUCCUGAAGAAAUGAAAUUGAAACCUGGAUCAGUUGAAGUGAUUGAAGAACAGCCUGGAAUCGAUGGAAAAAUUCUAAUCGGUUAUAAUCGAAGUUUGAUUGCCUUAUGGGACUAUCAAAACAAUUCCAUAGAUAAUUAUUUUCACAUUGAGCAGCACCUAGAACAUUUAUCAUGGAAUAAAAAUGGCAGCGAUUUUAUUAGCUGUCAUAAUGAUGGCAGCUAUAAUAUCUGGUCGGCAAAACAAGAACAUCAUGACUGUAAGAAUUUCAAAUUGCCAUAUGGACCAUUCCCUUGUAAGGCGAUAAAAAAAAUAUUUUGGAAUUCAUCUUCAUGCGGAGAAUAUAUCGUUUUCAAUGGGGGUAUGCCACGUGCAUCCUAUAGUGAUAAAGAAACGGUUUCAAUUAUACACAAUGUUCAAAAAGAAAAUUCAUCCGCUAAUGAGAGAAAUGUUGUUUUGGAUUUUACUUCCAAAGUUGUGGAUUUCCUACCCAUAUUCUCAGCUAUGGAAAAUGAUGAUUUAAAGCUUCAAGCUUUGAUUGUUUUAGCGGUAGAAGAGAUCGUCGUUAUUGAUUUGCAAGCAUCCGAUUGGCCGCAGUUUAAAUUACCCUAUCUAGCUUGCCUUCAUUCGUCACCGAUAACAUAUUCUCAGUACUGUUUUGAUGUGAAAACCGAUAUUUACAAUCGAAUAUCAGAAAGUGGAGAUGCAGAGUCUAAUGUCAAAUACAGUCCAAAUAUUUGGCCAAUUGAUGGAGGUAUAGCAGCCAUUAGUGGUUCCGGAUUAUCAAUCAACGAAAGUCAUCAUUUAUUAAUUACUGGGCAUGAAGAUGGUACUGUUCGUUUUUGGGAUGCAUCGACUAAAUCAUUGAAAUAUUUGUACACUAUACAUACAUCGAAAUUAUUCAAUGUUAAUGAAGAUGACAAUAUUUUAAUCGAAAACGAGGACCAUGAUUUAAGUGGUGAUGAUGAAGAUCAAUCUGAAUGGCCACCAUUUCGUAAAGUCGGCCAAUUCGAUCCUUAUAGUGAUGAUCCAAGAUUAGCUAUAAGAAAACUUACUUUUUGUUCUGAACAAGGUAUCUUGGUCAUAGGUGGUACAGCCGGACAGAUGAUCGUAUUUGAAUUUCGUGACAAAGCUGCUGAAUUUUCACCGAAUUCCAUUGAGAUACGAAUAAUUGACGAAAAAGAUUCUUUUGUAUGGAAAGGGCAUAGCUGUUUACCCAUUCGAAAAUCAAACAUUAAAUUACCCUCAGGUUUUCAACCAACAAGUUUGGUUCAAAUCCAUCCACCUGCUGCUGUAACUGCAUUAGUUAUUUCCACGUGUUGGCAAGUGGUUAGCAUUGGUACUGCACAUGGAUUUGCAUUGUUUGAUUAUUCCAAGAAUUUGCGAUUAAUUGUAAAAUCAACGUUAAAACCAAGCAAUAUUUCAUCGGCAAUGGGCGGUGAUGCUUUGAUUUCACGACGUAAAUCUUUUAAAAAAUCACUUCGUGAAUCAUUCCGACGUUUACGGCGUAGUCGAUCUCAGAAAAGCAAACGUAAUAUUCAAAAGAAUCAACAGUCAAUGGCAAAAAUUCAAGAAACCAAUAGCAGGUUGAAUAAAUUUCCCGAUCUGAUUGAGCCAAUUAAACCGGUUGAACGGGCCAUAGAAGUAAUCGCCAAGACGAAUGAAGAUAUGAUGAGUUCUAUGGUGCGAUUUUUCUACUUUUGUUCUUCACCAAUCAUAAACAAUCAACCUUGUCCAUCCUUUUGGGUGGGCACGAAUGCAGGAACACUUUUAAUUUACGUUUUAAUUAACGAUAAAAACGCUUCAAAUGCAACAACACGAUGUUGGCAAUUGGCCAAAGAAGUGCAACUGAAACAUAAAGCACCGAUCAUAUUUAUACGAUUAAUCGAUUCUAAUGGAGCACCAUUGUUUGAAAAUAUACCGUCACAAUUGGUAGAUAAUGAAAAGCCGAUGCCAAGUCGAAUUUUGAUCUGUUCUGAAGAACAAUUCAAAACUUUUAGUCUUCCAAAUUUCAAGACCAUCAACAAAUUCAAAUUGACCGCACAUGAAGGUGCGCGUGUAAGAAAAAUUGACAUAGGAAAAUUCUAUCACAAACAAAAUACAAAUCUUUCGGAAUAUUCAUUAAUGUUUUUGACCAAUCUGGGAGAUGUGAACAUAUUUUCAUCAUGGUCAGAUUUUAAACGAAAAUAUCAACAUCAUUUUCUAAAAAAAGAAGAUAUACACGGAAUUUCUAGUUUAGUUUUUACGAAUACGGGUGAAGGUUUCUAUCUAAAAUCAUCGAGUGAAUAUCAAAGAUUUAGCUUGUCCGCUCGUCGAGCAGGUCAUCUAGAAUGUCACAUAAAAUUAGAAGAAACUGAAACUACUGUUUCAAACGAUACGGCAACAAAUAUAAUUUCAAGCAAUAUCUCGAUAGACGAUAAAAAUACUUCACCGAUUUCUCCAGCUAAAAACCAAAAUGGUGUUUCCAGUAUUGAUCAGAAUGGCACCAUUUCUGCAGGAAGUGAUCCUGAAUUGACAUCUUGAUCUUUGAAAAAAGAAAUUGACCAAUCAUGUUCAUGAUAAUCUACAAUUGCAUGAACAAAACGAUAUUUUCUUUCUAUAUAUA